AUGACAUCAGUGAAAGGGCCAGGGGCUGCUCAAGCUUUUGAUGGCUCUGGGCUUCGCGUUGCCAUAGUUCAUGCCAGAUGGAACAUGGCAAUAAUCGGGCCCCUUGUGGAAGGGGCAAAAAAAAGCCUUUUGGCAGCCGGAGUACUUGAAGAGGAUAUCACUCUUGAGACAGUGCCCGGCAGUUACGAAUUACCCUUUGCUGCUCAGCGAAUGUACGCAGCCUCGCAGCUCCAGGCCGCCAAAGGAUCAUCAUCCGCAGGAGGGAUCAGUGCUACGGAUUUAUUAUCGUCCUCUACUGCAGACCUGAGUAAGACGUCGCCAACCUCGACUGCAUCUAAGCCUUUUGAUGCCAUUAUUGCUAUCGGUGUUCUCAUCAAGGGAGAGACAAUGCAUUUUGAGUACAUUGCGGAUGCGGUGUCUCACGGGUUGAUGCGUGUCCAACUUGAUACGGGCGUGCCAGUCGUUUUCGGAGUGCUCACUGUUCUGACGGAAGAACAAGGCCUGGAAAGAGCUGGUCUUGGCAAGAAGGGAAUGCAUAAUCAUGGCGAAGAUUGGGGUAAAGCCGCCGUGGAACUUGGUUUGAAGAGAAGAGACUGGCUAGAAGGGAAAAUCGUUUAG